AACGAAUAAUCCCCAGAGAAUUACGUUGAGUGCUGUACUCGUCCGGGAAGUGAAAUGUAUGGUUUUUGUUAAAACCAUGUCUGAUGUAAAUGUUAGACACAUUGCGGUAUUGAAGAAAUGAAAGUAACGCGAAGACGAAAACUGAUCUAGGUUGAAACGUUCUCUGAAGGAAUUAUACAAGCUCCGUUGCUUAAAACGAAACCUGACAGCCCUUUAUAUCCAUCAAUUAGAAAAAGUAUGACGACCGAGACAGGGAUUGUUGAACAGCCACUGACUCGAAAAAACGUCGUUUCCCUCCAGGAGUACGUGUUGCAGGGGUCCAUCAUGGAUGGCGCCUGCGAUGUACUUCUGCAUAGGUUGCGUGGUCUAUGCGACAAUGCUGAUUCCCCGGUAGAGACGUUCCAUGAUAUUGAGCAAGUAUUUACGUUGCGAGAUCAAAACGGAACUCCAUUUUCUCUUCGAGCGCGAAACGCUCUCGACAACCCUCAGAUGCCAUGGCAACUUAGAUACGUGGGCCAGCCCGAGGUUGGGGACAAGAAUCGUUUUACCAUGUGUCGUAGCGUUGUUGAGGUAGGAACCUCUUCGAACCUUGUGACAUGGCUGAAUGAGCUAGGAUUCCGCCUAGAUUUCGAGUACGUCGUAAAAGGUCACAUGUUUCAAAAGGGCCGCAUGAAGGUGCUUGUACAAAAGGUGUUUCGCGUGUGCCAGUCCGGUAACCCAGAAUCUCUCGAGCCGGUGUCGCAGUCGUAUUUGAUUGAACUUAGCGUCCUCGCUCCGCCAUCGCAAGAAAACCUUGGCGAAGAGAUGAAAGCAUUCGCUGAACAACUCAAGCCACUCGUCGAGCUGGAAAAAGUCGAUCACACUCGUUUGCAAAUCAUGUAAUAAUUGAGGUACAUGUUCGGGGGUUUUUCAAGUGGCGUCGACGCUGGAAACUGUACAUACAAUAGUACCAAUUUCGUAGUAGACUCGACUGUGUAAAAUAAAAGUCGUGCACGCCAGUUUUACGUACCGUAGCAGAAAAAUAAAUAUUUGUCGUACACGUAUCGCGUUUAUGUUGAGUUAUUGGGUUCUCUAGAUACCUAACUAUCAUUACAACAAUUACUUCGGUAGUAUUAGGGAAGAACUUUAAAUCAAGCAAACCGAACGCUCCCUAGUAGAUCUAAAUAAUUUUUCUUUCUAACUAGAAAACUAACGCAAGAGAAUUCGCCAUGUCCAGAUCUCGCCUCUGGAGUUAUACAAAUUGACAAAGCAAUUUUUCUCGAAGAUCGGAAAGGUCAAAUUAUGAUGCCAUAAGCUACGAGCGCUACAAAGAUGGGAAAAAAUACAAGGAGACUACUGUAUUGAGUUUGGAUAAUGAGACUGGAGGUGAUUUCCGAACCUGAACCACUGUGUCUCCAUCGAUUCAUGAAAUGACACAAGGCGCGUGCAAACGAAUACUCAAACUACAACUGAAGGCUAUUAAGGAGUUGAACAGUCAUAUGAACUAAGCAUUCGCGAAGGUCGAGGGGCGGUACAAGAUUUAACAGGAAGUGUGUCCAAGAGCUCAAAUACCGAUGUAAAUUCCCAUGAAAUGAAUAAUAUCUUGAAUAUCGAAAAGAUAUGGUCAAGCCUCUGCCAUUAUUACGCUGGGCUCUUAUACGACGUAGCGCUCCUGAAUUGUUUGAAGGAUCCAAUAGCAGUCCUUAGUAUGAAUUUCAUUGAAGUAUUCAUUUGAGAGUCUUGUUAAAUAUUAGAUUUUAAAAAAAGCGGAGUAUUUGCAUAGUAGUGCAUGAGCCUGAUUAGCCUUUACAUGUUUUAUGCGUAAAAAAUGCUGAACAUAUACUCCGUUUUAUAAACCUUCAUAAGCGUGUCUACGCGUUAUUGAGAUGAUUAGGCAUAAUAUACUACGUAUUGGGUUUAUGUGAGAACAGGAUGCAAACAAAUUUUUUUAUAUGUUGUUUUAUGCCAUUUAUUGAGAUGUUUAAAUUAUCAAGUUUGGAAAAACGCAGCAUUUUUUUCUGAAUAAUCACCUACAUAUGUAGCUACAAUGGAAGGGCUUACAUAAAGGCAUUAGUUCUAAUUGCUAUAAAGUUUAAAAAAAGUUUCAUGCAAUCAAAAAAUGAUCGUAAUUUCUGGAAAUUCACUAGAAAUAAAUUUGCCAUUACAACAAAUACUGAUAUACGAAGUAUACAAGGCUAGUACAAAAAUACGUGGAAGACAUAUAAACUUUACCUUUGCCGCUCCAUUACACGAAGUGACUAAACUCAAAUCCAUUUUUUGAUAAAGGAAUACACUGAUUUUUUUUUCAAAUUUAUUCAUAGUUUUUAUCGUUCUCA